CUGAAACUUGCAGUUUGGGGAAAUAGAUAUUGAUGGCUCUUUAGUUGCUGCUAAAACUACUGGGGCUGAGGGCAUAGUUAUGCUCAACAAUGGCUGUCUCUGCUGUACUGUGCGGGGGGAUCUUGUGAGGAUGAUUUCAGAAUUGGUUAGUAGGAAGAAAGCGUACAGUGGCUUAUUUGCCCUUAACAAAAUUAGGCAUUUUAGCCUUCUCAAAAUGAGUUGGGCAUUUUAAGCCCCGCCAUCUCUAUCGCUCACUCGUUUCCUACUGCCGCCGACAGGAGAGCGCCAUUUUCAUACCUAUAUUUCGGCCAGGCCAACCCUCCCCAAAUACAAUACAAGUAGAAAUCCCAACCGUUCAAUCUUCUAUUGCUCAGAGCCCUCCUCUAUCUUCAAACUGAAAGCGGUUUUCAGAGCAGGUUCCAGAUCGCCGUCAUUUUCGAUUUGGCGACAUGAAGCGGAGUAGGAGGAAGAAUGUUGGUGGUGUGGAUCGGAUCUCCGACUUGCCAGAAUCCAUCAUACAUCAGAUUAUGUCUUUCCUUCCUGCAAAAGAGGUAGCUCGAACCAGUGUUUUAUCCAAAAAAUGGUACCAUUUUAAGGCAUCAUAUCCUGUCUUGGAACUUAAGGGACCAUUUGGUGACAGGAACAAGUUUAGACAAGUUGUUUAUGAUUCUCUGCGUCACUUUAGCCAGAAUAAGUUGAGGUUGGUGGCAUUUUGUAUAGAGUUCUUCUCGGAUUCACUUUACUCUGACCUCGAUAGUUGGAUAGGAUUGGCUUUAGAGAAUGGGGUGAAAAGGUUAGAUCUCUGUCGUGAGUGCAAGUUUGAUAUUCUCCCAAAACAGUUAUUUACUUUACCCCAGCCACUAUUUUCUUCUAAUACGUUAACUGUUCUAAAGUUAACUAGCUGUUCUUUGGACCAGCCCUUAUCUAUAUUCAAUUGCUUUAGGGAGUUGUCUUUUAACUAUUGCUUUAUAAAAGAUCCAAUAGUUUGGAAGGAUGAUGACUUCCCUUUCCUUGAACGUCUUGUUCUCUGUCGAUGUCCCAAUUUGACAUCCGUCCAGAUUUCUAAUCUUCGUAGACUCCACACUAUUGAUGUUGAUUUUGGCUUUUCUUUUUCCCAGUUAGUGGUCACUUCUCCAAGUAUCCAAAGUUUUACCAUUAAUCUUUCGUCAUCAAGACACCGUUGGUCAGAGAUCAUCAACAUUGAUGGUUGUGAUCAUUUGAAAUCUUUGUUUUUGAAGACAUCAUUUACAAUAACAGACAGAGAGCUACACUCUCUUCUUUCAAAGCUAACCCUGCUUGAGGUACUUUUUCUUUCCACCUGUUGUCAACUCAACAAAAUAAAGAUUUCAAGUCCAUGUCUCAAAACUCUACAGAUCUCUGAUAUGAAGUUUGGCCGUUUGAGUAUCAUUGAAAUUGCAACACCAAAUCUAAAAAACUUUAUCUACAAUGGAGCUCGGAAGAAGCCCUGCAGGAUUAAGGUUGCAGAAUGUUGUUGCAAUUUGGAAACCUUGGUGUUGUGUGACUAUUUUGCCACACAGAGGACUUUUCAUAAUCUAAUCUCCAAGUUUCCUUUGCUUGAGAACCUCUGGAUGGUUGAAUGUGAUAAGUUAGGAAGGCUGAAGCUUCUGAAUCCUCAACUUAAGAGGCUGCAUGUUGCUAAAUGCUGUAACUUGAAAGCUGUGACGGUUGAUGGUCCAAAUUUGAUUGAGUUUUGUCAUAUAGGUCUCGACGCACCCAAAAUUACAGUAUCUGAUUUUGUGAAAGCAUCUGGUGGUUUGAGGUUUGAAUGUGAACCCAGCACAUACUCAUCUUCUAGAUUGGGUGAAUUGCUUGGACUUAAAUCUGAACAUCUUACCAGUUGGGUUAUUGGUCAUGUUCCUGGUUGGAGGGGAUGUUAGAGUAUUCUGCUCUAAAUUUGUUUAUCAUUAUGAAAAACCCAGAACUGAAAUGUUGCAUUUUGGUGUAUUUACUAUUUCAUUGUUACUGCAAAUAUAUUCAUUCAGGUUUGUUGAAUACUUGAAUGUCAUCUUGUUUCUUUCUAGCAAUCUUUAAGAGCUGGACUUCUGCCUACGAAAAGGCUUCAUGCAAAUAAAGUGGUAUUCUUUAG